GUGAGUCACAGUCCGAAAUCAUGAACAUCUGCGGGAAGUUUUUAUGCUUAGCAGCCGUCGGUUCACUGUGUGUAAUUUUGUACCUAGGCGUUAUAGAAGAAGCUGCAUUCGAUUUGGAAAUUGAUUGUGGCAACAGAGAACAAAAGAUGACAUUCCCGUCUGAAAGUCCUGUCAAGCGUUUUGUGGGUGGCGUUCCUGUUAACAUCAGUGAUUGGCCAUGGGUUGUCUCUUUACAGUUCAGCCCCAGUGGCUUGGCUCCAUUUACCCAACUCUGCUCAGGAUCCAUAAUUCGAAAAGAUUGGGUAUUGACGGCAUCAUCAUGUUUCUAUGAUCCUCAUAACCUCAGAAAUGUGAGUAACUGGAGGGUCGUAACUGGGUCUUCUCAAUUGAAUGAUCAUGACCCCUACGUACAGACAUCGGCAGUUGACGAUUUUGUUUUAAACAAAGAUUACCACCCUGAGUCAUCAAGCAAUGACAUUGCACUGGUGAAGUUGACUACGCCACUGAUAUUCAAUGGGACCGUUGAUCGUGUCUGUAUACCUGACAGAAUGAAUGUGGAGAAGUAUAAGUAUGGAACGUGCCACAUCGCUGGCUAUGAUGACUAUGGAGUUUUGAAAGAGAACCCCGUGGCAAUAUUUUCAAAUUCAUUAUGUAACAUGCGUACAUGGCUGAAGUACAAAGUGUCUGCAGAUAUGUUUUGUGCCGGCACCACGUAUGGAGGUGUGGAUGGAUGUAAGGAAAGUGUUGGUGGGCCACUGAUGUGUUUUGUCCCCACCACUGGAAGACACUAUGUCAGAGGGCUUCGAAUCGUAACAAAGAAGUGUGGAGUUAUAAGGAGGCCAAAUAUAUACCUUCAAGUUAGCAAAUAUUACCACUGGAUUGCAAGAUCUGUUGACCACUACUACAUGUACGGCAAUAAUUUACAACAUUAACACUUAAAAUUGUUUUCAGUCCUGAAGUAGUUGUAUCACCUUUUGAUAUAUCAAAGGUUUGCAUACAUUAACUAUUACGUAUUUUAAAAGUAUCAAAUCAUACAUUUGUCAUAUUUGUCUCAACAUAAAUUUAAAUUAAAGGAACAAUAAGAGGACAUUUCAUAGUGCUUUUAUAAUACAAUUGUUGAACCUUG